CAAUAAUGCAGAUACAAUUUUCCAAAUAUUGUUUAUCGCUUAUUCUGUUAAGCUAUUUGCAACUGUCUCAGUCUACUAUUUUGGAGGAAGCUGUCAUAGAAUAUAUACAAUCGUUGGUCCAAAUCUGUGGCAAUGAAAGUGGUCUGAGCGAGCAAGACAUCCAUUUAAUUGCCAGUGAUCAAGUGGAUGAUUUGUAUAGAGCACCAAUUUCGGAUAAUUUUAAAUGUUUCUUGCAUUGUUUUUAUCUAAAACUGAAUUUAUUUGAUGAAAAUGGUCAACCCAUAGUAAGUGAAUAUUUCAAGGAGUACAUUGGAGAUCAUUUCUCUGUCAGUGAAGAUAAGGCCGCAGCAGCAAUGGAGAAAUGUGCCGCCAUCCGGGAUGAAAAUAAAUGUGAAAAUGUUAUUAAAGUGGAAUUGUGUAUUAUGGAUGUGGUUAAUUAUAAAUAUUGAAAUUAAGUUGAAGAACCAUUGAUAUUUUGAG